AUGAAGAUGGACUCCGGCCGCCUCGUUUCACGCAGAGAAGACAUUUCUGCGCUGUUCCCUGCGGAAACUCCGGGCGCCAAAUACAAAGAUUUAAGCCUCCAGUUCUCUGCUGUCAGGAAAGUGGGCGGCGAUGGGAACUGCUUCUACAGAGCCUUCUGCUUCGCUCACCUGGAGUCAGUUUUUCACAAACCCAGAGCUUUGCAGAGUUUUAAGGACAAGAUAAUCCAGAGUGGCACAGCUUUGAAGUCUGCCGGAUUUGAUGAGAGUUCCUUCAGCCAUCACCAGAACACAGUCAUUUAUGUUGUAGAGCAGUGCCUGGCUGACGAACAGGAAAACAUUUUACUCAAACUCUUCAACGACCAGCCGAUCUCUGAUGGAGUGGUCCAGUAUCUCAGGCUGCUCACAUCAGCACACCUCCAGAACCAUGCAGACUUCUUCUGUAACUUUGUUGAAGCGCCCGAUCUUAAAGUCUACUGUCGGCAGGAUGUGGAAGUGAUGACAAUGGAGUGCGAUCACGUGGACAUCUUAGCCUUGUCUCAGGCGCUGGACAUUGGCAUUCACAUAGUUUCUAUGGAGAGUGAUGAACAGCUGGCUCACCACAUCAUUCCAGAGGGGGGCGACCCCUCCCUGCACCUCCUGUACCAAACGUCACAUUAUAACAUUCUCUACCAGCGGACUCAGCUCUGACCAGAGGUCCACCAGGAAGUGGCUCAGCUUAGUACUUAGUACUGACACUUACUGCAUGAUUAAAUACCAGUUAGGUCUCAAGACAUUUGUCAAUUUUGUUUUAAUAUAUAAAAUUUCAGUUUGGUGUAAUUACACAUAAAAUUACAGCUUCACAAACUGUCAUUCAGUAUUUAGAUGAAUUUAAAUAAUUUGACAUAUUUAAAUU